AUGCAUAUCCUACAGAUCAGCGCUGUGAUUUGUGCUUUCAUCAGCCUUCUCUUCCUCCUUAUCGCCCUGGGCUCAGACUACUGGCUGCAAAUUGGCAAUGCAAACAGUGGCCUCUGGAAUUUGUGUAUGCCUACUUGCAGACAUAUUGGGAUGGCUGCGGCAGGUAAUAUCUUCUCUGUCUUGUGCUAGGAGUACUUAAGGUGCGGUAUUCCAAAGCUGAUUGAACUGAUCUCCAUUUCUAAGGCAUGCAGCAGUAUGUGGGGCACUUGAUUAUUCUUCAACUCCCUGAAAGUCCGGUGUGACUAGGGAUAACAUAUUUAUUCUGUCUUAGGCACUGGGAAUCAUAUUUUGAUAAAUAUGCCCUGGAAGCCAGCACAAAAUGGCUGCUGUGGGAAGCAAAGAAAUAGGUGACAGUAAUCUGCAGCAGUGAGUCCCACUGCUGCCUUUACUAUGGUAUAAUUUAUGUAGGGUCGGACUGAGAGGUUUCGGCACUUGAGGCAAAACAGAAAGUGCUUCUUCUUCCGUAGCUUCCUGCUUGCGGUAGCUGCCACCUGCAAGUACACCAGCACUGCAAUGUCAGGCCUGAAGCAUCACCAAUGACAGUACGCCUUCACUGCAAUGGGGAGGGUUAUGGGGAGACUUGGCGCAGUCGCAAUGAGCUUCUGGCCAUGAUUGGAGUGUAAACAAGUAGCUGGUGAGGGCGUGAGGAUGCAAGUUCCCACAUCUCCUUUGGAACACAGCUGUUUCUCUGCCAGGAAGUGUUUUCCUUCCCUGACUUAGAGUAUGAAAUCUGUGGCGAAUGCUGCCCAAGGGGUUGCCUGAGAUUCAGCCAAAAGACACUGCACUGCUCCUUCAAGCCAAAAAUUCCUUCCUUGCACAGAAGGGAUGCACAUGGGUCCGUCAAAUGAACUACUGCAGUGCUUGAAAUGUCAAGUACGUGAACCAGCAACUCCUGCAUCUGCCAGGAGGGCUGGGGCUGUGAGAGACAACAGCAGCCACCCAGUGAGGACAUACUGAUGAUGCAGCUGCAGGCUGGCAUUUCCUGGAACUCUGGAGAACAGGGGUUAGGGGAGACUCUGUGCUGUUUUGAUGAUUGCACCACUGCCUUUUUAAAAUAGUGUUCUGAACUUAUUGUAACCUGCCUCAAGAACUUUGGUUAGUAGGUGGGGUAGGGAUAUUCCUAAAUAAAUAAAAUAAUCAUGGUGCUGAGUAAUAGGGGGUUUCGGCUGGGUGUUCAUCAGUAUGCAGAUGACACCCAGCUCUACCUCUCUUUUAAAUCAGAACCAGUGAAGGCAGUGAAGGUCCUGAGUGAGUGUCUGGAGGUGGUUGGAGGAUGGAUGGCGGCUAAUGGAUUGAAGUUGAAUCCUGACAAGACAGAAGUACUGUUUUGGGGGGACAGGGGGCAGGUGGGUGUGGGGGACUCCCUGGUCCUGAAUGGGGUAACUGUGUUCCUGAAGGACCAGGUGCACAGCCUGGGAGUCAUUUUGGACUCACAGCUGUCCAUGGAGGCGCAGGUCAAUUCUGUGUCCAGGGCGGCUGUCUACCAGCUCCACCUGGUACGCAGGCUGAGACCAUACCUGCCCAAUCACUGUCUUGCCAGAGUGGUGCAUGCUCUAGUUAUCUCCCGCUUGGACUAUUGCAAUGCACUCCACGUGGGGCUACCUUUGAAGGUGACCUGGAAACUGCAAUUAAUCCAGAAUGCGGCAGCUAGACUGGUGACUGGGAGUGGCCACCGGGACCACAUAACACCGGUCCUGAGAGAUCUGCAUUGGCUCCCAGUAUGUUUCCAAGCACAAUUCAAAAUGUUGGUGCUGACCUUUAAAGCCCUAAAUGGCCUCGGUCCUGUAUACCUGAAGGAGCAUCUCCACCCCCAUUGUUCAGCCCGGACACUGAGAUCCAGUGCCGAGGGCCUUCUGGCGGUUCCCUCAUUGCGAGAAGUGAGGUUACAGGGAACCAGACAGAGGGCCUUCUCGGUAGUGGCACCUGCCCUGUGGAACACCCUCCCUUCAGAUGUGAAGGAAAUAAGAAGCUAUCUUAUCUUUAAAAGACAUCUGAAGGCAGCCCUGUUUAGGGAAGUUUUUAAUAUUUAAUGCUGUAUUGUUUUUAACAUUCAAUUGGAAGCCGCCCAGAGUGGCUGGGGAAACUCAGCCAGAUGGGCGGGGUAUAAAUAAAUUAUUAUUAUUAUUAUUAUUAUUAUUAUUAUUAGAGCCUGAUCCAUUAGGGCAAAUGGGGCACUGCCAACCCCCACCUGCCAGGGGUUGGCUCUGCCUGGCAUGGCCUCUGGCACUGCCUACUGUUGGUUUCCCUGGCUGUUAUGGGCAUUUAACCCCCUUCUUCCUUUCGCUUCCUUCCUUCAAGGUUUCAUCCAUGCCACCCGAGCGUUCAUGUUCUUCGGGAUGAUCGCUGGAGCCAUCUCUUGCAUUAUUCUUUGUGGAACAUUUUUUGACUUCCAGUUUGGCUUCCUCUCCCGGGCCAGGACCUCAGCCAUAGCCAGCCUUGUUGCAGGUAUCCUUGGGGUCAUAUGCAUCUGAUUCCACAGUCCCCUCAAGCCCCCAAACUCAAAGCUGCAGACUGUGUCUGAACAAAUCCCACAGAUCCUACGCCAAGAAAACUUGAGCUGAAAGGAAAAGUCCACACAGAAUCGUAUUGGUGGACUCCAACUAAGUCAUAUUCAGAGUAGACCCACUGAAAUGUAUUGACAUGAUGAAAGGUAGAAUUCAAACCCUUACUCUCCAUCCCAGGUAUUUAGAGGGUGGUGGAGUGGAAAGUAUGGAUCUGCUGUAGGCCUCUCAGGAGGGUGAACUUCUGAUGCUUCUUUCUGCAACACCAGCAACAUCAGAAGUUGAAGUAGGAGUCUAGAAAAGGGCUGUGGUCUAAAUCACCGAGCCUCUUGGGCUUGCCGAUCAGAAGGUCGAUGGUUUGAACCCCUGUGGUGAACUCCCGUUGCUCGGUCACAGCUCCUGUCAACCUAGCAGUUCAAAAGCACGCCAAAAAGUGCAAGUAGAUAAAUAGGUACCGCUGCGGCGGGAAGGUAAACAACGUUUCCCUGCACUGCUCUGGUUUCGGUGUUCUGUUGCGCCAGAAGCGGCUUAGUUCUGCUAGCCACAUGACCCGGAAAAACUGUCUGCGGACAAACACCGGCUCGCUCGGCUUGUAAACCAAGAUGAGCACCGCAACCCCAGAGUCGACCGUAACUAGACUUAACUGUCAGGGGCUCUUUAUCUUUGCUGGGAAAGGGCUUAGUGAUCUCACUAAAUACUUCUCUCCACUUCCAUUUCCACCAAUGUCAGAGUUGCAAAGGAGAAGAGCCAGUUCAUAAAACCCUUCAUGAUCCUCCCCCUUCUUCUUUGCACUUCCAAUAUUAUGGUGCAAAGGAGAAGAAGAGGGUCACAAAGGAUAUUCAAAGCCUCCCCAGAAGUGGCUCUUUUCCAACUGCAAUGUUGAAGAUGAAAAAGAGCUGUAUAGAGCAGCUUCAAAAGCAGCACUGUAAGAAGAAGUGGAUUUCAUCCAACAAAAACUAUGUCCCCCUUCUUCAGCAAGGCAUGCUCCUAAAACCUUCCUUUUUCUACCUUUGCCUCCACUGGCCAGUAGAAUGAACAGCUUGGCUGGCAGGAGGAGUAAGGCAGAAAGGUGGCCAGCAGAGCAGGGCUGCUGCUCAGAAACGGCUGCAACAUGUUGUGUCAGUCCCUCGCCUGAGCCACCCAUCCACCACUGCUCAUCACACUUUAUUUCACAUUGCCACCUGUCUGUGUUCAAGUGAACUGCAGGGUGAUGACACUUUUACUUUUUCAUUAUAUGUAACUGAUACAUAUAUAAAAACAGCCAAACAAUUGCAUUUGAAAACAAUUUGAAAAAUAGCAACCAUAAAUAUAAAAAAACUGUUCAGAACAGAAGCUGAUAAUCCACAAUCAACUCAGAUUCGGAACUGAUACCAGCUGGGAUAGAGAUUUUAGCACAUUCGUUGAAAGCAGGACAUCUUUAGCAUGCACCAGAAAGACAACAGAGAAGGUGCUUGGCCAAUAUAUAAUGAGAGGGAGUUCCAAAGUGUAGGUGCCACCACACUAAAGGCCCAUUUUGACAUCAUGUGGAAUGGACCUCCUCAUAGCCUGGGACCUGCAGGAUGCCAUUUCUUGCAGCGCACAGUGGUCAGCUUGGGAUGCAGGGGGUGAGAUGAUGUUUUAGUCACACUGGUUCAUAACUAUAUAGGGCUUUGUACACUAAUUUUGAACGGUGCACAGCGGCAGAUUGGCAGCCAGUGCAUUUCUUUCAGCAGCAGUAUAUAUGUUGGUCAUAUUCCACCCCAAGUGAAUAGUUGAUCCUCUCCAUUUUGCACUAGCUGCAGCUUCCAACUCAGCAUCAAGGAUUUAAUUUACAAGUAACGUGAUAUCCUGAUGUAUUUUUUCUUCCUAGCUGGUUGCGUCCUGAUUGCCAUGGCCAUUUACACAGGGCAGGCAGGAGGAAAUGGCUUUUAUGGAUGGUCUUUUGGCUUGGGUUGGGCCUCCUUUCCUCUCUUCCUUAUUACUGGUGAGUAUGUGUCAAAUGGGAUAUGCUGAAAAUGCACGUCUUUAUUAAAACGUUUGCCUUCGCCUAGCAUUGUCAGCCCCUUCAUGGAUCACUGCCUUGCCAUGGCGAAGGGGCUUGAAUAACUCAGAGAAGCUAUGAGCUAUGCCGUGCAGGGCCACCCAAGAUGGACAGGUCAUAGUGGAGAGUUUUGACCAAACGUGAUCCACCUGGAGCAGGAACCGGCAAGCCACUCCAGUAUCCCUGCCAAGAAAACUCCAUGGACAAAGGCAACAGGCAUAUAAAAGUUAUGACACUGGAAGAUGAGCCCCUCAGGUCGGAAGGCGUCCAACAUGCUACUGAGGAAGAGCGGAGGACAAGUACAAGUAGAUUCAGAGCUGAUGAAGCGGCUGGGCCAAAGCCGAAAGGACGCUCAGUUGCGGAUAUGCCUGGAAGUGAAAGGAAAGUCCAAUGCUGCAAAGAAAAAUAUUGCAUAGGAACCUGGAAUGUAAGAACUAUGAACCUUGGUAAGUUGGAUGUGGUCAAAAAUGAGAUGGCAAGAAUAAAUAUUGACAUCCUGGGCAUCAGUGAACUAAAAUGGACGGGAAUGGGAGAAUUCAGUUCGGAUGACCAUCAUAUCUACUACUGUGGGCAAGAAUCCCGUAAAAGAAAUGGCGUGGCCUUCAUAGUCAACAAAAGAGUGGCGAAAGCUGUACUGGGAUGCAAUCUCAAAAAUGAUAGAAUGAUCUCGAUACGAAUCCAAGGCAGACCUUUUAACAUCACAGUAAUCCAAGUUUAUGCACCAACCACUGGUGCUGAAGAAACUGAAAUUGACCAAUUCUAUGAAGACUUACAACACCUUAUAGAAAUGACACCAAAGAAGGAUGUUCUUCUCAUUAUAGGGGAUUGGAAUGCUAAAGUAGGGAAUCAAGAGAUAAAAGGAACAACUGGCAAGUUUGGCCUUGGAGUUCAAAAUGAAGCAGGGCAAAGGCUAAUAGAGUUCUGCCAAGAGAACAAGCUGGUCAUCACAAACACUCUUUUCCAACAACACAAGAGACGACUCUACACAUGGACAUCACCAGAUGGGCAGCAUCAAAAUCAGAUUGAUUAUAUUCUCUGCAGCCAAAGAUGGAGAAGCUCUAUACAGUCAGCAAAAACAAGACCUGGAGCUGACUGUGGCUCAGAUCAUCAGCUUCUUAUAGCAAAAUUCAAGCUUAAACUGAAGAAAGUAGGAAAAACCACUGGGCCGGUAAGAUACAAUCUAAGUCAAAUCCCUUAUGAAUACACAGUGGAAGUGAGGAACAGGUUUAAGGAUUUAGAUUUGGUGGACAGAGUGCCUGAAGAACUAUGGAUGGAAGCUCGUAACAUUAUACAGGAGGCAGCAACUAAAACCAUCCCAGUUAAAAGGAAAUGCAAGAAAGCAAAGUGCCUGUCUAAAGAUGCCUUACAAAUAGCGGGGGAGAGAAGGCAAGCAAAAUGAGAGGGAGAUAGUGAAAGAUACAGGAAAUGGAAUGCAGAUUUCCAAAAAAUAGCAAGGAGAGACAAGAAGGCCUUCUUAAACGAGCAAUGCAAAGAAGUAGAGGAAAACAAUAGAAUGGGAAAAACCAGAGAUCUGUUCAAGAAAAUUGGAGAUAUGAAAGGAACAUUUCGUACAAAGAUUACUGUAAUAAAAGACAAAAGUGGAAAGGACCUAACAGAAGCAGAAGACAUCAAGAAGAGGUGGCAAGAAUACACAGAGGAAUUAUACCAGAAAGCUAUGGGUGUUUCGUACACCCCAGAUAGUGUGGUUGCUGACCUUGAGCCAGACAUCCUGGAGAGUGAAGUCAAAUGGGCCUUAGAAAGCAUUGCUAAUAAUAAGGCCAGUGGAAGUGAUGAUAUUCCAGCUGAGCUAUUUAAAAUUUUAAACGAUGAUGCUGUUAAGGUGCUACACUCAAUAUGUCAGCAAAUUUGGAAAACUCAGCAGUGGCCAGAGGAUUGGAGAAGAUCAGUCUACAUCCCAAUCCCAAAGAAGGGCAGUGCCAAAGAAUGCUCCAACUACCGCACAAUUGCACUCAUUUCACACGCUAGCAAGGUUAUGCUUAAAAUUCUACAAGGCAGGCUUAAGAAGUAUGUGGACCGAGAAUUCCCAGAAGUGCAAGCUGGAUUUCAAAGGGGCAGAGGAACCAGAGACCAAAUUGCAAACAUGCGCUGGAUUAUGGAGAAAGCUAAAGAGUUCCAAAAAGACAUCUACUUCUGCUUCACUGACUAUGCAAAAGCCUUUGACUGUGUCGACCACAGCAAACUAUGGCAAGCUCUUAAAGAAAUGGGAGUGCCUGAUCACCUCAUCUGUCUCCUGAGAAAUCUCUAUGUGGGACAAGAAGCUACAGUUAGAACUGGAUAUGGAACAACUGAUUGGUUCAAAAUUGGGAAAGGAGUACGGCAAGGCUGUAUACUGUCUCCCUGCUUAUUUAACUUAUAUGCAGAAUUCAUCAUGAGAAAGGCUGGGCUGGAUGAAUCCCAAGCUGGAAUUAAGAUCGCCGGAAGAAAUAUCAACAACCUCAGAUAUGCAGAUGACACAACCUUGAUGGCGGAAAGUGAGGAGGAAUUAAAGAACCUUUUAAUGAGGGUGAAAGAGGAGAGCGCAAAAUAUGGUCUGAAGCUCAACAUCAAAAAAACGAAGAUCAUGGCCACUGGUCCCAUCACCUCCUGGCAAAUAGAAGGGGAAGAAAUGGAGGCAGUGAGAGAUUUUACUUUCUUGGGCUCCAUGAUCACUGCAGAUGGUGACAGCAGUCACGAAAUUAAAAGACGCCUGCUCCUUGGGAGAAAGGCAAUGGCAAACCUAGACAGCAUAUUAAAAAGCAGAGACAUCACCUUGCCAACAAAGGUCCGUAUAGUUAAAGCCAUGUUUUUCCCAGUAGUAAUGUAUGGAAGUGAGAGCUGGACCAUAAAGAAGGCUGAUCGCCGAAGAUUUGAUGCUUUUGAAUUAUGGUGCUGGAGGAGACUCUUGAGAGUCCCAUGGACUGCAAGAAGAUCAAACGCAUCCAUUCUUAAGGAAAUUAGCCCUGGGUGCUCACUGGAAGGACAGAUCGUGAAGCUGAGGCUCCAAUACUUUGGCCACCUCAUGAGAAGAGAAGACUCCCUGGAAAAGACCCUGAUGUUGGGAAAGAUGGAGGGCACAAGGAGAAGGGGACGACAGAGGACGAGAUGGUUGGACAGUGUUCUUGAAGCGACAAACAUGAGUCUGACCGAGCUGCGGGAGGCAGUGGAAGACAGGAGUGCCUGGCGUGCUCUGCUCCAUGGGGUCACGAAGAGUCGGACAUGACUAAAUGACUAAACAGCAACAGCAACAAGCAUUGUCAGCUGCAUUAUUUAAGUCUGGGGCUGCUCUACAGUGUGUCCAUUUGAACACAGAUGAAAGCAGGUGUGUGUGAGAGCAUCCUUACCUGCCCAAUGACGUUGUGGGUUGGUAUAUACCAAGAGUGCUUCUUUCUUCAAUUAUUUGAGGCAUGGGCAGGGAAGCAAAAAUAUGGAUACCCUAAUUAGGUGAAAGGUUUUAUGACACCACACCCACUCUUGUGGGUGGGAUGCCAGGAUCUAGAAUUAAUUUAGAUUGAAAGCAGCAUGUUGAGGAUGAGCACGAAUGAUUGUGGAUUAAGAAAAUUGAUUUUUUGUGUGCUACCUAUGGGAUUAGUAUAUACGUAGGUGUUAAAUAGCAUGAAGGAUAAGGUACAUAUCUGAGGGGGUUCAAAAUCAAUCUCCGUGGGGUAGAACACUUAUCUCAUAGGACCUCAUUCUGCAUCUCCCUUAACAGCAAUGAAAGGACCUAUUGCAAAUCAGCACCCUCUUUUCCCCACUAUGCCAGAAGGACUCCAUAAUGCCUGACUUGCGUGACCAGGCUCUGCACUCCCCCCAAUUCUCCGAAUAACAGUAUGAAGGACAUGGCACAGCUUGAAUGGGAUCAAACCGGGCCACAACUUUAUUGACAUUAGAGGCAAGAGGUUGGGCAUAGGCAUCAGUCAACCAUUUACUUCCAACCCGCCUGCCGGAAGUGACACCAAGGGUCAACACAGCAGCAGGGGUUCCUAUGACUUACGUCAAAUAGGGGGACUCCCAUGGGGGUCACCACCUUGAGGAGUGCUGAGGUCCAAGCCCCCGCCUGGGCAUACAGCCAGAAGCAACUCCUCCUGGACCCCUUUAAUGGGAUACCCUACAUUUGGGGAGGGGUAGGCCUGUGGGUUAAAGCCUCAGCGCCUAGGACUUGCCGAUCGAAAGGUCGGCGGUUCGAAUCCCCGUGGCGGGGUGCGCUCCCGUCGUUCGGUCCCAGCGCCUGCCAACCUAGCAGUUCGAAAGCACCUUCGGGUGCAAGUAGAUAAAUAGAGACCGCUUACCAGCGGGAAGGUAAACGGCGUUCCAUGUGCUGCGCUGGCUCGCCAGAUGCUGCUUGUCACACUGGCCACGUGACCCGGAAGUGUCUGCGGACAGUGCUGGCUCCCGGCCUAUAGAGUGAGAUGAGCGCACAACCCUAGAGUCUGGCAAGACUGACCCGUACGGGCAGGGGUACCUUUACCUUUUAGGCCUAGACUACAACCUCUCCCCUGCCCGGCCAAGACUAAGGAACAUCCAAUACCUAGACCACCAAAGUUGUGACAAUUGCUAUGAGGUAGGAAAAAACCAACAGGCAGGUGCUGAUUUCCUUGAUGGACGAAUUCCUGCACCGAAUAUGGUGACCACCAAUGCCACAGCUAGGUCUGAAAACAGUAUGAAAAAGGGCUGGCUGGCUGGGGGAUCCAACAAAAAACUAGUUGCUGGGACUAGGGCCAACCUGCCUCAUCAAGCCCACUCCCUGGGAAGGCCCUGUCUCCAAGCCUGCCUGCCAUUGGCCAAUUUGCAGGCAGACUUGAAUCCGAAACACCAGCUGGCGAGGUGAGCUUGAAGCCGCCCUCACCAGCCAGGCAGUCCCCAGCACCAGGGCCCCUGUCGGAUGAGGGAUCCAGGAGGCAUUGCCUACCCACAGUGCAACUGAAGGGUAAGCGGACUUCUAUGUAAUGCCAAUGAGAUGUCCAGAAGAACCAACAGCGUCACAGCCCCAAUAUCCAACCCUAGUCAAAGGUAAUUUGGAGGCACAACCAGUGCAGUUUCUGCCCCUUAGCAGAGCUGAAGCCAGAGUAAUUGAGGCCAAGGUAAUGAAUGGGAUCCCAAAGUGCCUGUAAUGGAAUGUUGACGUUCUAUACAGUUAUGUUGCCUAAGUGUUGCAGAUUGGUGGAGAAGCUGUAGCUCAGUAUAACACGCAUGUUUUUCACGUCCAAGCUUCAGAAGCUUCUCAGAAGGUUCUGAAAAUGUAUCUGGCCGGGACCCCGAGAACUGUUGGCACACAGGAUUGAUAUAUAUGGCAUCUAUCUAUCUAUCUAUCUAUCUAUCUAUCUAUCUAUCUAUCAUCUAUCUAAUCUAUCAUCUAUCUAUCAUCUAUCUAUCAUCUAUCAUCUAUCUAUCAUCUCUAUCUAUCUAUAUCUACACACACACAUACAAGGCAUGUAUCUGCAUAGCUGCUUCCUACAAUCAAAUCCAAUACUACCCCAAUAGUUCUAGGAUUCCAUGUGCCCAUGGAGGACAUCAGUAAAAGCCUCUUGCUUUAAAAAUCGACACAUCUACAUCAAAAUAUGUAUUUUAUUAUUGCAUAUGUUGACCUAAGAUAUGUGUUCAUAUAUGUAUGUUGUGGAUACACACUAGUUCUUGUUACGUUUUAUUUUAAAAUAUAUAAUUUACAGUGUGAUGUGAAAAUGGGUUGGAACAGGUUUAUGCAUUAAUGACACGGAUGUGAGAUAGGCUUAUCCAUCCACUCCUAGACACUUCCAGUUCUGCCCAUGACUAGUCCCUUGGAGAAGUCUCAAAAUGCGCAGUCAGUGUGGUUCUGUGGAAGGGAAUAAAUAUAUUUUGGUCCAUGAAAACAGCAGGUCUUGGAGGAUGAGCAAGAGAGGUAACGCUGGGGUCAGAGCCCCAGAUAUCUUGGGUGGUGUUUUGUUCUGUUCCCCUGUUGCGCUAAUCAGCCCCUUUUCUCUCCUGACAGGUGGGCUGGCUUUCCCCUUGGAUAGGGCUGUGUCAACAGGAGCAUGA